UGAAGACGGAAGCUUUAGCACGGGUCGGGGGAAGCUUGUUAUAACGUACUUCUUCUCGUGUCUAAUAAAUUUGCUAAUAACGUCCUUCGGAGAAAUACCAAGAUGGAAUCACAAGAAGCUCCACAAGAAACGUCUGUCGAUUGUACCGCAAAACCUUCUUCAUCGAAUGAACAAGGUUUACAAGGAGAUAACGAUACUACGAAUUCAGGUAGUCGGCCAAUUCCUCCUCCACGUCGGCGUAUGCCUACAUUUAAGGUCCGAACCAAACAGGCAAGUGAUGACGUGAGGCGAAUUGAGCGAAAUUUAAGGGAAAUCUCAUUAGAAAUGAAUAUAAGUUUAGGAUCAAAAAGCACUUUUCGAGUUAAAAAUGAAUCUUACCAAAAACAACAGAAAGUCAUGUUCGAACAACAUGAGGUUAUGGAAUGUGAACCAGAAGAGAAUGAAGGCAGUCUGGCAACAUACUUGACAACAUGUCAAAAAAACCCAGACCACACAGGUUUUAUUCCAUUUAAAGAUUUCAGCGUUGAACAUAUCACUAUCACAAACAGCAUUGACGAACUGUACAACAUGAUCAAGUUUACAGCAGAUCUAACCGUAAGGAUAGCUGUCCCCUAUACAAGUAUUAAGAGACCCUCAUUUGUACCAGAUACAAAUGCUCUUUACCCUUGCUCGCAUUUGAGAGGUAAAAGUUGCUUAAGAAUUGGAACAGGUAUGAUUACUGGCAUCUCGAAAUAUCAAGAUGAAGAAGGUAACACAUGUCAAUGUAAGGGGUGUAAGAAAUCAGACACUCCUCAAACCACCUGGUGGAGUGUGGGCGUGAUGACAGCCACCCACGUGGUGUUUGACGACAGCGAGGCUGAGAGUGCGACAUGCAGGCUGUUCUUUGACCAGGCGGACAGUCCAGUUGUGACGUUAGAUGGCUGGAGAAUGUGGGACAUGAGCAUCAAGGGAGACACCUGCAGAUUUUCUUGUGCCUCACAUGACAUGGAAUUGUACGAGAAAGUCCAGAAAAUGUACAACAGUUACCUGUAUUGUCCACACAAGUUUGAAGAAGGCGUGUCUUUUAUUGUGUCACAUCCACACGGCUGCUCUAAGCAAGUCUCUAUAGGUAAAUAUGAGAAGCAACACAUCCAGAAGCCCCAAGAGUGGUACAGGUGUACCAAGUACACGUAUGAGAUGAGUACAUGUCCAGGAAGUAGCGGGGCUUAUGUUUUCUCUAGCGACACCUUGCUUGUACCUCACGUCCACAGUGGAUGUAAGGAUAAGAUCAACUGCAGUGGGGAAGGUUAUCAGCAAGUCCAUUUGUAAAUAGUAAAAUCUACAUUUUAUCAUUCUAGUUUAACCUUAAUUUUACAUGUAGCAUUAUUUAUAGAAUGAUGGAAUAACUUUUAACUGGAAUUGAAAAUGUAGGUUAAAUUACACAACGGUACUUGAUAACCAUUCUGUACAAAUGUAUUUUCUUUUAAUUGUACUUAAACCGUUGUAGUUUCUUGUACCUUAACGUAAGGUGCAUUUUUUCCUACAAGAUUUUUUUUUAGAAUUUUUAAGCUGUAUAUGGUGAUAUGUAUUUAAAAAUGUACUUAUAAUACCUA